GGGGGGCGGUGGGCGGCGUUCGCCGGGCUGGCGCCCGACCCCUGCCACAGCCCCGCGGGCCGCGCGCCCCCCCACUCUCUGCCCCAAGACUCCCAGGCUCCAUCUGGUUCAAAAAUGUCCAGAAAUGACAAAGAACCGUUUUUUGUGAAGUUUUUAAAGUCUUCAGACAAUUCUGAAUGUUUUUCUAAAGCUCUUGAGUCAAUGAAAGAAUUUCAAUCAGAAGAGUAUCUUCAGGUUAUUACAGAGGAAGAGGCGUUGAAGAUAAAAGAGAAUGACAGAUCACUUUAUAUCUGUGACCCUUUCAGUGGUGUUGUCUUUGAUCACCUUAAAAAGCUUGGCUGCAGAAUUGUUGGUCCUCAAGUGGUCAUAUUUUGUAUGCAACAUCAGCGAUGUGUCCCAAGGGCUGAACAUCCAGUUUAUAAUAUGGUUAUGUCUGAUGUAACUAUAUCUUGUACAAGCCUGGAAAAAGAUAAAAGGGAUGAAGUUCAUAAAUAUGCACAAAUGAUGGGCGGACGAGUAUUCAGAGACCUUAAUAUAUCAGUAACUCAUCUUAUUGCAGGAGAAGUUGGCAGCAAGAAAUAUUUAGUUGCUGCAAACCUAAAGAAACCUAUUUUGCUUCCCUCUUGGAUAGAAACACUUUGGGAGAAGUCACAAGAGAAUAAAAUAGCUAGAUAUACUGAUGUAAACAUGGAAGAAUUCAAGUGUCCUAUUUUUCUUGGUUGCAUAAUCUGUGUGACUGGCUUGUGUGGCUUAGACAGGAAGACAGUUCAACAACUGACUGUUAAGCAUGGAGGCCAGUACAUGGGACAAUUGAAAAUGAAUGAAUGUACACACCUCAUUGUUCAAGAACCAAAAGGUCAAAAAUACGAAUGUGCUAAGAGAUGGAAUGUACACUGUGUGUCCACACAAUGGUUUUUUGACAGUAUUGAGAAAGGGUUUUGUCAGGAUGAAUCUAUGUACAAGAUGGAACCUAAACCAGAAGCAAAAACUGUACCUGAUACUUCAACUCCUACUGGCCAGACCAGCACAAUGGAUAAUCGCACUCUUUCAGAUGUCAGCCAUAUUUCCAACAUAAACUCAAGUUGCAUAAAUGAAUCAAUAUAUAAUUCAAUUUUCAAUAGCAAGUUGGAGCCUACCCUUGAAAAUCUAGAAAGUCUGGACAUCAGUGCAUUUCACGCACCAGAAGACUUAUUAGAUGGUUGUCGGAUUUAUCUCUGCGGUUUCAGUGGCAGAAAGCUGGAUAAACUGAGAAGGCUUAUUAACAGUGGAGGAGGAGUUCGUUUUAACCAGCUUAACGAAGAUGUAACUCAUGUAAUCGUGGGAGAUUAUGAUGAUGAACUGAAGCACUUUUGGAAUAAAUCAGCCCACAGGCCUCAUGUUGUGAGAGCAAACUGGUUACUAGAGUGUUUUAAUAAAGGUUACAUGCUUCCUGAAGAGCCAUAUAUCCAUGCUAACUACCAGCCAGUGGAAAUCCCAAUUUCAGAUCAACUUGAAAGCAAAAUAACUCUUUUAAAAAAGAAUGGCAGCUUCUCUAAGAAAGACUUGGCCACUAAUGAAAACCACAAGCAAGCUGAUGAGGAUCUGCUCUCUCAGUAUGUGAAUAAUCAUGCCACAGCAGUUGAGGAUGAGAAGGCCGAAGCUGGGAAGUCUGAAAUUGAGCCCUGUAAUGAUUCUACCCGUGUCGAGCCCUGUAAUGAUUCUACUACCCGUGUCGAGCCCUGUAAUGAUUCUACGCACAUUUCUCUACAAGAAGAAAACCAGUCUUCUGCCAGUCAUUGCUGCCCUGACGUUUCUGCAGUUGCUGAAGAAGGCUUGUUUAGCCGAAAGAGCUUCCUUGUUUUGGGUUUUAGCAGAGAAAAUGAAUCCAACAUUGCAAAGAUCAUAAGAGAUAAUGCUGGAAAAAUCAUAACUCUUCCAAGCAGAACUGUUGCUGAUUAUGCGGUGGUUCCUCUGCUGGGGUGUGAAGUAGAAGCAACUGUUGGAGAAGUUGUUACAAAUACGUGGCUGGUGGUCUGUAUAGACUGUCAGACCUUAGUUGAGCCAAAGUCAAAUCCUCUCUUCACACCAGUCCCGGUAAUGCCAGGAGCGACUCCUUUAGUGGAUUGUGUUCUUUCCUUUAGCCAGUGUGUUGGAGCUGAAAAAGAUUCUCUGACAUUUUUAGCAAAUCUCCUUGGAGCAAGUGUUCAAGAGUUCUUUGUUCGCAAAGCCAAUGCAAAGAAAGGCAUGUUUGCAAGUACACAUCUUGUAUUAAAAGAGCCAGGUGGUUCUAAAUAUGAAGCUGCAAAGAAGUGGAACAUACCCGCAGUCUCCAUAGCUUGGCUGUUGGAAUCCGCUAGAACAGGAGAGAAAGCAGAUGAAAACUGUUUUCUUAUUGAAACUUCACUGAAAGAACAAAGUUCAGAAACGGAAAUAACAAAUGGAGUGAAUGUAAAUCCUGAUACUGCAGUGCAUGCUGAUGCACACCCGGAAGCCCACAGAAAAAAAGCUGUAACACCUCUGGACAUGAACCGCUUUCAGAGCAAAGCCUUCCACGCUGUGCUCUCCCAACACGCCGAGCAGGGUGCCGCCUCUCCAGCUGUAGGACAGCCGCUUCAGAAGGAACCAUCUUUACACUUGGAUACACCAUCAAAGUUUCUGUGCAAAGACAAACUCUUUAAGCCUUCCUUUGAUGUGAAGGACGCACUUGCAGUUUUGGAAACUCCAGAAGGGUCCAGCCAAGACAGCAAGAAACUGAGUACCCCUCUCUCAGAAGUCAUUGUCAAAAACUUGAAGCUUGCUUUGGCAAAUAGCUCUCGAAAUGCUGUCGCUCUUUCUGCCAGCCCUCAGCUGAAGGAUGCCCAAUCAAAGAAGGGACAGGAAGAUGCUCCAAAGCCACUUCACAAGGUAGUGGUGUGUGUUAGUAAAAAACUCAGCAAGAAGCAGAGUGAACUAAAUGGGAUUGCAGCCUCUCUAGGAGCAGAUUGCAGGUGGAGUUUUGAUGAAACAGUGACUCAUUUCAUCUAUCAAGGACGGCCAAAUGACAAUAAUCGAGAGUACAAAUCUGCCAAAGAAAGAGGGAUACACAUUGUUUCAGAGCACUGGCUUUUAGAGUGUGCCCGAGAGCAAAAGCAUCUUCCAGAAUCUCUGUAUCCACACACGUAUAAUCCCAAAAUGAGCCUGGAUAUCAGUGCAGUGCAAGAUGGCCGACCCUGUAAUAGCCGCCCACUCUCAGCUGUCUCUGCCGCAAAGGAUGACGAGGCCAAUCAUUUGCCUUUAGAAGAAAAUGAUGUAGAUAAUAUGGCCACUAACAACAAAGAAUCAGCACCAUCAAAUGAAAGUGGGAGGAAUGACUCUAAAGGAGCUCUGACACAGACCUUGGAGAUGAGACAAAACUUCCAAAGGCAACUGCAGGAGAUAAUGUCUGCAACAUCGCUAGUGAAGCCCCAGGGGCAGAGGUCUUCCCUUUCAAGAAGUGGCUGCAAUAGUGCCUCUUCAACCCCGGACAGCAUUCGCUCUGCUCGAAGUGGACGAAGUCGAGUCCUGGAGGCACUGAGGCAAUCUCGUCAAACUGUACCUGAUAUGAACACUGAACCCUCCCAGAAUGAACAGAUCAUUUGGGAUGACCCUACAGCAAGAGAGGAGCGAGCAAGGCUUGCCAGCAAUUUGCAAUGGCCUUGCUGUCCCACCCAGCACUCUGAGCUUCAGGUUGAUGUUAAAACAUUGGAGGAUUGUCCUUUCCAGGAGCCUUUCCGUGUUUCAGAAAUUGCUGAACAGGCUGUCUGUGAUCCUGGAGACACAUGUGUGACUGAAGCUCCAAAGCAACCCACCUCUGAAGAACCAGAAACCCAAAUAAGAGACAGCCACCUGAUCCCUACACCUCAAGCCCCCAGCAUCGCCUUCCCUCUGGCCAACCCACCUGUGGCUCCACCCCCUAAAGAAAAGAUUAUAAUGAGAGAAGAGGCUCAUGAAGAAAUUAAAAAACAGUACAUAUUUCAGAUGUCAUCGCUGAAUCCUCAAGAACGUAUUGAUUAUUGUCAUCUGAUUGAAAAAUUAGGUGGAUUAGUGAUAGAGAAACAGUGCUUUGACCCCAAAUGCACACACAUUGUGGUGGGACACCCACUGAGAAAUGAAAAGUACUUAGCCUCAGUGGCAGCUGGGAAGUGGGUGCUUCAUCGCUCCUACCUGGAAGCUUGCAGAACGGCUGGGCGCUUUGUGCAGGAAGAAAACUAUGAGUGGGGAAGCAGUUCCAUACUUGAUGUUCUGACUGGAAUCACGGAGCAGCAACGAAGACUAGCACUUGCAGCCAUGAGAUGGAGAAAGAAAAUCCAGCAGAGACAAGAAUCAGGCAUUGUUGAGGGAGCAUUUAGCGGAUGGAAGGUUAUUUUACGUGUUGACCGUGCCCGAGAAGCAGGGUUCAAACGUCUUCUUCAGUCAGGAGGAGCAAAGGUGCUACGUGGUCAUUCCGUACCUUUAUUUAAAGAGGCCACACAUCUCUUUUAUGACUUUAAUUGCAAGCAGAAACCAGAUGACACAGGACUUAAUAUAGCAGACGCUGCUACCCAGAAUGUGCGCUGCUUGAAAACAGAAUACAUUGCUGAUUAUCUUGUGCAGGAACCUCCUCCUCCUGUGGAAGAUUACUGCCUCCCAGGAGCAGCUUCCUUUCUCCAGAAUCCGCAGCCUGCGCCUGACUUACCACAGAAGAGGCGAGCUCCCGCAGAGAACAGUAAGGUCAAGCGGCCCAAAGUGUAGGCGCCGUGUGUGUGUGUGUGGUGUGAGGGCGCAUGCCAGCGGCAGAUCCCUGGGGAGGACUGUGCUGCAGUGUUCUGCUGACUCCACCUGCCUGCGACCGCUGAACACUAACUCCUCAGUGAGAAGUUACCUGAGAUAGAACCACAAAGUACAGCUCCUUCGCUAGCUUUUUGUUAAACCGUAAUGUGUGUAAGGGGCUGUUUCUUUUCUUGUGAUGCCUCAGGCUGUACCUCAGUUUUAGCAGUGGUGGGUUUUGCUCUGAAAUGUCUGCCUUAAUUCAUAACAACAAAAAUUGUCAAUUGGGAUUUAUACAUGUUUUCCCUGAUUUUAUCUGGCCUCUUACUUUUUUAACAGAAGCCUGGGCACUGGGUCUACUGAGCAAGCUGGGAUGUGUGUGUGUAUAGAUGUGUGUAUAUAUGUAUAUGUCUGUCUGUACAAGCCGCCAUGAUGUUCACCAAGUUGGGGUGCUGAAACUUGGAAAAUGUGACAAUAAAGAAUAAAAGUAGUGACUCAAACUAGUAUUCAGGUGUGUUCAGAUAUAAAUUUUUAAAAACACUGGUCUAUUCUGUUAAAGCAA